AUGUCAGGUCAGGAUUAUUAUAGUCAGGGUCAAGCCCACGGCCAGGGCUACGGCUACAGCCACAACGGCGCAAACCAGCAACAGCCUGCUUAUGGAGCCUACAACCAGGGCUAUCCUCCUCAAGACCAGCCGUACGGGCAGCAGGCGCAGGGCCAGUAUGGACAGCAAGCUCAAGGGCAAUAUGGGCAACACAGUCCUUACCCCCAGGGACAGAGCCCAUAUCCUCCGCCUUCGCACGACUCGUAUGGACAAACUCCCCAGCACGGCUAUGGUGCGCCUCCAUCGGAACAUUACCAGCAGAGCUACGACCCAAACCGCAGCACCUCUCCUUACCCACCUCCCGCGCAUCAACAGCAAGGCUACAAUGACCCGAACCAGCAAUACGGAGGGCAUCAGCAAGUAGGCUACCAUGAUCCCAACCAGCAACACGGCGCACAUCAGCAACAGGGUUAUCAAGACCAACAACAAGGCUAUGGCGCGCCUCAAUACGGCCAACCUGGUGCUCCAGGCGGACCCGCUGACGGCGACCGUGGUCUUGGCUCUACCCUGAUCGGAGGUGCUGGUGGCGCAUUUGUAGGCAACAAGCUUGGUGGUGGAGCCAUGGGCGCCGUAGGAGGAGCGCUAUUGGGUGCCGUUGCUGCCAACUUUGUGAGCGACAAGAAAGAAAAGAAAGACAAGAAGCACAAAAAGCAUAAGAAGCAUGAUAGCUCCGACGAAGGCUCGCAUCAUGGUUCCCAUCACGGCUCUCAUCACGGCUCUCACCAUGGUUCUCAUCACGGGUCCUCGCACCACUCGCAUCAUGAACAUGGUGGUCAUCAUAAGCACAGGAGCCACAGCAAACGUAGGGACAGCUCUAGUUCCAGCAGUUCAUCAGAUUGA